AUGGAGGCGGUCCUGGAUGAGAUGCAGCACCUGCCAAGUUUGCCGUUAGGGGCUUUCAAGAUCCCAAGAUCCCGCAGAUUCAAGCCGCAACCGGCGGAUCUCACCGUUUCGCGCACCGAGCGCUUCAAGAUGGACCGUGACAAGGCCACCAGCUAUCUAUAUGAACAGUUUUUUGUUCACUUGGCCUUCGCUGGGAAAAGUUCGGAGUGGAUCGAGUCGCGUUGUGUCUUUCACUUGCAGGAACGCUUGGAUUGGAACUUCUUGGAUCACGUGCUGGCAGGAGUGUAUCAAAUUCCCCCAGCAUUACCAUAUCCCGUCGACCGCGGCCAGCUGGCUGACAUGGUACCGCGGCGAGACAGUUCCACGACCUCCUUUGCUGGGGACACACGUGAUGGUUGGCAGCUCCGAGGAGUGCAGGGGAGUUAA